AUGGAUUGGCUUUCUCUUAGCAACAAUCCUGGGGAUCCACCAAGAAGAAGAAUAUCUACUAGUGCUCCACCUAUUUUAGAGACUGCUGUUGAUGGUCAAUACAGGCAUACCAUGCAGAUAGCAGAAGCCAACAAAAUAACUUUUAAAAAAGGACCGCACUCUGACACAUGGCAGUUCCCAGAUAGCAUCAUACAUUCAAAGACAAGAUCUGAUGGAUCACAAUUAUUAGAAUGUGGAGAAGAAAAAGAGAAAAUGUGGCUAAGUGAUGUAUUUACCAGAGUUGGAUCAGUAGGUAGUGCUCUGGCACCAAAGAGAAAUAAUCAACUGUCUUCUGUUGGUUACAACUUAGUUGGAUUAUCUACAAAGAGGGAUCAUAGUCAAUCAUGGCUUCCGAAAAAUCAGCAGGGAAACAUAUACCAAGAUUGGAGAGGGAUAGUGUUAUCAGAGACCACCGUUCCAUAUACAAUGCUCAGCAAUGAGAAACAUCAAGCAAGAUUACAGCAAAUAACAAGAAGGCAAAGGUUCAAGGAGGCCUUGAUGCAAGAAACGAGCAACUCAGAAAAACUUCAGCAUUCAAAGAAGCAACAAAGGAAGACUGUCAGGAGAAGAAAACGUGUUAGUAUAGUUAAUGAGAAAGUGAAAAGGAUUGGCCCACAUUUAGAAAUAUUUGAAGCGUUUAAUAAAAUCCGAAAAGUCCCUACAAAGGAAGGACUGAUUAUAGCUGCCACUUGCAUUCAAAAACUGAUCAGAGGAUGGUUUGAACGUAUUAGACUGAAAAGAAUAAAACUGAAGGCUAAGAGUCAUGGACCAAAUUUGUUAGCUGUUACAAAAGAUUAUCGUAAAAUGAUGUAUCGAAUUAAACGCCGUUGUGGCAUCUUGGAUACAUCUACACCAUUCAUAUUUGAACAACUGGAAGAUUGGCUUGACAAUAAAAUGCUUUAUGAAACCAUAUAUGCAAAGAGAGAGGACUUGAAAGAAAUGGAUAGAAAUGAGCUCCCUAAGUUUUUCAGAGACUGUGGCCGUUUUCCAACGCAAAAGGAAAUUAAUGUAGCAUUAAAUCUAGUAUUGCAAGAUUCCGGUUCAAAAAAUAUAAACAUUAAUAAGACUCAAGCAGUUGAAAUAGCAUUCAUGUUGUAUCCCCCUGUUGGUCUCAAAUUAAUAACAGCAGCUGCUCCUCGGUCAACCUGGAUAAAACCAAUUGUUGAUGGAGAAGAUUCAUACAUGUAUUUAUCGAGAGGCCAUUCAGUGCUAAAAGCAGCUGAUAUUCGAGUUGCUGGCUCUCUAGUAGCUGCAUCAAUUCGAGAGAGAAAGAAGAAGGAGCAUGUGGAUAAUGGAUCAUAUUUUUCAGAAGACAGUGACUAA